AAUAACUACAUUCUUUCCUCCAGUAUGAGAUGGAGUAAGAGAAAAUUUGUUUUAAAUGCUAGCCAAGGGUUUUUCAUUGAAAUUAAUUCAACAAACACUGAAUGCGCAUUAUGCUGAACAAUGAAACUUCAUUAUUAUCUAAAUGUAAAUAUCCAGCUGCAUAUGAAAAGACGACAGCCUUAUUAUUAUCAAAUUAUUUUUAAAGAUAAUACUGUGCCUACACAGAUUUGGGAUAACAAACGUUUGUAUGCUCUCCUAUGCCUUAGUAAACUAAUAAUUGGAAAUACCUAUCAAAAGACCUAUAAAUGAUCACUACUUUGAUCUUGAAAUUCAUUACACUUCCAGAGAUUUAUUUUAAAUAAUCCUACAUAUACGGAAAAAGUCAAUGGAUAAAUACGUCACAGGACACAAAAUCAAUGUGGAAAAAUCACUAGCAAAAAAUCACUAGCAUUCCUAGACACCAACAAGAGUCACACAAAGAGUCAAAUCAGGAAUGUACUCCAGUUCACAACUGUCACAAAAAGAAUAAAAUACCUAGGAAUACAGCUAACUAGGAAGGGGAAAGAUCUCUACAAGGAGAGCUAUAAACUACUGCCCAAAGAAACCAGAGAUGAAGGCCAGGUGUGGUGGCUCAUUCCUGUAAUCCAAGUGUUUUGGGAGGCUGAGGUGUGAGGAUUGCUUGAGCACAGAGGUUCAGGAUCCGUCUGGGCAACACAGCAAGACCCCAACUCAAAAGAAAAAAAUCUUUUUUUUAAUUAAUAAAAAGAAAUCAGAGAUGAGACAAACAAAUGGAAAAACAUUCCAUGCUCAUGGACAGGAAGAAUCAAUAUUGUUAAAUUCGCCAAACUACCCAAGGAAUUUAUAGAUUCAAUGCUAUUCCUAUUAAACCACCACUGAGAUUUUUCACAGAACUAGAAAAAAUAUUUCAAAAUUCAUAUGGAACCAAAAAAGAGUCCAAAUGGCCAAGGCAAUCUUAAGCAAAAAGAACAAACCUGGAGGCAUCAUGCUACCCAGCUUCAAACUAUACUACAGGGCUACAGUAACCAAAACAGCAUGGUACUUACUGGUCAAAAAACAGACACACAGACCAGUGGAACAAAACAGAUAACCCUGAAAUAAGACCACACGCCUACAACUAUGUGAUCUUUGACAAACCUGACAAAAAAAAGCAAUGGAGAAAGGAUUCCUUGUUCAAUAAAUGGUGCUGGGAGAACUGGCUAGCCAUAUGAAGAAAACUGAAACCGGACCCCUUCCUUAUACCACGUACCCACAGUUAACUCAAGAUGGAUUCCAGUCUUAAAUACAAAACCUAAAACUAUAAAAACCCUGGAAGACAACUGAUGCAAUGCCAUUAAGAAAACAGGUGACAAUCUGCCAAGAUGGCUGAAUAGGAACAGCUCCGCAGCGCAGUUCCCAGCGAGAGCAACACAGAAUGUCAGUGAUCUCCCCAUUUCCAACCGAGGUACCAUGUUCAUCUCAAUGGGACUGGUUGGACAGUGAGUAUACCCAAGGAGGGAAAACCGAAGCAGGGUGGGGUAUUGCCUCACCCGGGAAGUGCAACGGACCGGAGAACUCCCUCUCCUACCCAAGGGAGGCCAUUGGAGACUUUCCCAGACACUCCAGCUCAGAUACACUUUUCCCACAGUCUUCACAGCCCAGAGACCAGGAGAUUCCCGCCAGUGUGGACAACACCAGCGCAGUGGGUUUCCAACAUAAAACUGGGCGGCCAUUUAGCCAGUGCCUCAGGUUUCCGGCAAAAAACAGGGCGGCCAUUUUAGCCAAUGCCUGGAACACCUGCAAGACAGAACCGCCCAUUCCCCUGAAAAAAAGGAGGCUGAAGGCUGGGAGCCAAGUGAUCUGGCUCGGGUCCCAACCCGAAAAAGGCCAGCAAACUGAGUCUCACUGGCUUGAGAUUUUAGCAGCCAAUACAGCAGUUUGAGCUUGACCCAAGACAGUCAACCUCGGUGAGGGCAGGAGCACCUGCCACUACAGGGCAGUUCUAACCUUGCCUGUGUAAACAAAAUUGCA